ACCUGAGCUGAAGUUGGACGCUUAAACGACUGAGCCACCCAGGCGCCCCUUGUCACUCUGGAUUUUAAUUCAAUUCCCUCAUUCUAUAGUUGAGAAAAAUAGACUGCAUAGACAGGAAACAACUUGCCUGGGAAAGCCACUCUGGAGAGUAGAACAUAAUUUCCUGCUUUCUCACCAUACUUUGCACUAUGGCCAAAAUCAACAUUUGUUACCAAAGAGUAACAGAGAAUCUACGAUUCCCCCAGCAUUUCAGAAGUUAGACUUGUUUGGGAAUGGCCACAAUUUCUUGUCUGUUAUGUGUGUCCACGUGAGAAGAAAUCUCACCUAAAUUCAACUCCCUCGCCCCGGUCUGGCCCACUUCAAACCGACCGCAGACGCCGGGGGAAGGCAAGGCGAAGACGCGGUCCACACCAGGAACCUUCUCUCCUAGCUCACGUUUCUACCCGAGGCUGCAGAGACCCGGACCGGAAGUGGCUCUCCGCCGGCGUACAGAACUGCCUAUGUAAACCGCGUUUGCUCUGGCCGGAAGAGAAAGGUGCAGCGCUUAGAAGGCUCCCCUCCUAGUACCGGCUUCCGCGCUGUUGCUGUUGCGGACGUGCGAGUAGAUAUCUGAAAGCUUCCGAGACUCUGGGUUGUGACAUGCCGGGCGGAGGCCACUGCCCCGAUUGCGGCUCCACUGAGCUCGUGGAAGACUCUCACUAUUCGCAGAGCCAGCUGGUGUGCUCAGACUGUGGCUGCGUCGUCACCGAGGGAGUCCUUACUACCACCUUCAGCGACGAGGGCAACCUCCGAGAAGUAACAUAUUCCCGAAGCACAGGGGAAAACGAUCAAGUUAGCCGCAGCCAGCAACGAGGUCUCCGCCGAGUGAGAGACCUCUGUCGAGUCCUGCAGUUGCCAUCAACAUUUGAGGACACGGCAGUUGCCUACUACCAGCAGGCGUACCGGCACUCUGGCAUCCGUGCUGCCAGGCUGCAAAAGAAGGAGGUGCUAGUUGGGUGCUGUGUCUUGAUCACCUGCCGACAGCAUAACUGGCCCCUAACCAUGGGAACCGUCUGCGCCCUGUUGUAUGCGGAUUUGGAUGUGUUUUCUGGCACCUACAUGCAGAUAGUGAAGCUCCUGGGGCUGGAUGUGCCCUCGCUGUGCUUGGCAGACCUGGUGAAGACGUACUGUAGCAGCUUCAGACUGUUCCAAGCCUCCCCGUCUGUGCCAGCCAAAUACGUGGAAGACAAAGAGAAGAUGCUGUCGCGAACAUUGCAGCUGGUGGAGCUGGCGGAUGAGACGUGGCUGGUGACUGGGCGGCAUCCCUUGCCUGUCAUCACUGCUGCUACUUUUCUGGCAUGGCAGUCGCUGCAGCCUUCGCAUCGGCUGACGUGUUCCCUGGCCCGUUUUUGUAAACUGGCGAACGUGGACCUGCCCUACCCCGCUUCCUCCCGCUUGCAGGAGCUGCUCUCCGUGCUGCUGCGGAUGGCCGAGCGGCUGGCCUGGCUGCAGGUUCUGAAGCUCGACAAGCGCUCUGUGGUGAAGCACAUCGGUGACCUUCUCCAGCACCGCCACACGUUGGUCCGCAAGGCCUUUCGCGAUGGAACGGCAGAGAUGGAAGCUGGGGAGAAGGAGCUGCGGGGACGGUGUCAGGGGCCAGAGCAGGGAAAAGAGGAGGUGGCGAGUAGUUCCUUAGAUUUGCCUGAGGGGAAGCGGCCAGCUAGUCCCGCCCCUCUCCUCCCACCUUGCAUGUUGAAGCCCCCAAAGCGGAUCUGCCCCCCACCCCCAGUCUCCACAGUCACCGGAGAUGAGAACAUAUCUGAUAGUGAAAUAGAGCAGUAUUUGCGUACCCCUCAGGAAAUUAAGGACUUUGAAAAAGCUCAAGCUGCAAGACAGGCUGCCAGGAGUGUUUCUAACCCUCCCUGAUGUACGUCCGGGGGAGCACUCACCACAUUCUGACAGCAGCUUAAUAAUAAUCCUGUCCUAUCUGGAGAAAUCAGCAUAUGUAAGUCCUUAGGUGUUUUCUUGUUUAAAGGAACCGAGGGACUCUGCAAUUACCUGGACCCUGGGUCCUGGAAUAGAAGUUGGGAGCAGUGCAGGGACGAUUGGCUUGGAGAGAAUCGGUCCUUUGGUGCUGGAGAAGUGGCCCAUGUUUGAAUUACGUGGGAUGGCUUUCCUCCUAGAUUGGUUGGAGGAGGUUAGGCUUCCUCCUGGUUUGAACCGGGUACAAUGCUGCUGCUACAGGCCUGAUGAUGGGCCCUUGCUGCUGGUGUGGAGCGGGUGGUAUCUUGAACAGUAUCAGCCCCCAGAGGACAGAAACCGGGCAGCUGUGGGCCCAGUGUCCACCUAUAGGCAUCGAUGGGUUCUUGUGUAUGAGGUCAUGAAAUCCUCCACUUCAUAACAAAAGGACCGUGGGUGGACUAAGGUUAUAGCUCAAGGGCUUUGCAAAAUUUUAAUAUAUUAAAACAAGAGGCAUCUGCUAGAAAACAUUCUAUUGUAUAAAACUCAAGCUUUUAAAAACA